UUCCUUCAAUUGACAGUUCCUCUGUAUCCAUUUGGUGUUUUGGAAGAAAAAAAGGAAGCUGAAUUUCCGCAUUCACCAAAUCCCGAGGAGAAUUUUUUUGAAGAAAGGAGACACAUGGAAUUGCCGAAUAUCCCAAAACCUGAGGAGGAGAAAACAGAAAAUAUAUAUUGGCAAAUAAUGGAAAUUGAAUCGGAUGAACCCAUGCAAAAUAGGCCAAUGGAAAUUCUGAAAAAAGAAAAUUUAAAAUUGAUUCAAAACGAAAAGGAACUAAGAGCAGAAAAUGACGAACUAAAGCAAAAAAUCGAGGCACUGACAAAAGAACGAAAUGCGCUAACUUGUGAAGUUGCAAAACUCAAAACUGAGUUGGACAAUUUCACAAGGAAGUGCAUUGUUCCCUCCGUGAAUACAUCAGAAGAGGCACUAACUUUAGCUCGCAUGGGUACGGACGAACGAAAAGUUUACACUAAAAAAGAAAGAGAUAUUGCUCAAAAUAUAUAUUUUAGAGGUGCGAGGUGCUACAAAUUUAUGAGGGAAAAUAUAAAAUUUAAUUUGCCCAGCCCUAGGUCUCUAGGACGAUGGCAACAUAUACGUUCUCUAAAUCCUGGUAUAGAUAUUGCAGUUGUUAACAGCUUGAAAGCACAAGUGCAAAACAUGUCGGAAAGAGAACGCAUUUGUUUCGUCGUUCACGAUGAGGUGGAAAUUAAGCCCGUCCUAGAAUACAACAAGGCAGAAGACGUUGUGGACGGGUUUGAAGAUUUUGGCAAGAACAGAAGGUCCAAAGAGAUGGCUAGGAGAUGUCUUUUUUUUAUGAUCAAGGGCAUAUGUUCCGACUGGAAAUUUAUUAUAAGCUUUUAUCCUGUUUCUAAAAAUACGACAAAAGCCGUAAUGCACAAUGUCCUGUGUGAGAACCUGCAGGUUAUCCAGGACAUUGGCUUAGACGUGCGUUCCAUUGUUUGUGACCAAGGGGCUACAAACAUCGGUCUUUACAGUUUCUUAACGACGUCGAAAUACGAACCAUAUUUUUUUUUUAAUGGACACAAAAUUUAUUGUAUGUACGACUAUUGCAAUUUGAUAAAAUCAAUCAGAAAUAAUUUGAUUACACAUGGCUACAAAACGAUUAGCGGCGAAGUUAUCAAUUUCGAAUAUGUUCGUAGAAUAUAUGAAAUUGAUAAUGAGAACCCUAACAUCAAGAUGUGUCCCAAAUUGACGGAAAAACACAUAAAUCCAGCACUGUGGGAUAAAAUGAGUGUCAGUAGAGCUACUGAAGUUUUAAGCAAUUCUGUAGCUGCCGCAAUGCAUACCUGUAUGCAAAACGGUUGUAUUUCAGACGAUGCAUAUCCGACAGCUGAAUUUAUAAAAAGGCUAAACGAUAUAUUCGACGAAUUAAAUGUUAAAACGACAUCGUCCGCAAACCCCAACAAUAAAGCGAUAUAUCGAAACUGCAAACACAAAAUUGCCCGGCUCGAAGAGGCCAGAGAUUAUUUUGGAAGCUUUGUUGUUAACAGCAAAGCAACUGUACAAUGUAUUGAUGGGUUUUGGCAAACAAUACAGUGUAUAUUAUUGCUCUCCGAAGACAUAUUUAGGGAUUACCCAAACAUCCAAUUUAUAUUGUCUGGUAAAUUAAACCAGGAUGCUUUGGAAAAUUUCUUUUCCCGGAUACGGUCUUCGCUAGGCAAUAAUACACACCCAUCAGUAAAGGAAGUGAGGUACAUAAGCGCCAAAAUAAUCUCUUCCGAUAUUUUAAAAGCAACUAAAAAUACCAAUUCUGAAGAAGAUGGUAGUAUUUCACUUCCAAUAUCACUGAAAAAUACCGGUAACAUUCAUAUUAUUGAAUAUUUAAAAUUGGAACACUCUAAUUCCGACUCCGAAGAUGAUUCAGAGUUCCUUGAGGACAUAAACUUGUGUGAAACACAAGUUAAAAGGUAUGUUUCAGGGUACACAAUCUACAAGAGUGCAGUCCAAAAGACAAAAUGCUGUCGUUGUGUGGACCAAAUGAAAAAGGACGACAAAUUGUCUUCGGAAUCGGAAUUGCUAAUAAAAAAUAAAAAUUUCGGUGUUAAUUCCUUAAAUUUAAUUAAUCCAUCAGACAACUUUUUCGAAAUUUUCAGUUUUCAGAUGAAAUGUUACAAAGUAGCUUUGAACAAAUUUUAUACGUAG